UGACCAUGCUCCAUUAUGUGUGCAGGAGGUUUUAAAGGUUAUGCCACAAUAUAGUUACUGCUCAAGAUACCAGCAACAUAUCACAGUGUGACCCUGUGACGGAAACUAUCUGAAAAAAAAGACUUUGCUGUAGAUUUGUCAAAAAUGUCAGCUGGUAAUAAGACAUUAGACGAUGUCAGAUCGACAAUCUUAUCAGCUCACAAGGGCUCCACCUUAGAGGACAAGAUCACAUUUUAUGACUCUUGGGCGGAGAACUAUGAACAGGAUCUUGUUCUUCUUGACUACCGUGCACCAGGUCUGGCAGCAAGCAGGAUCUCCUCUCAUUUUAGCGGUGACCGUGAAGCAGCUGUUGUGUUGGAUGUGGCCUGUGGUACAGGACUGAUGGCCAAGCAGAUGAAGAAUCAGGGGUUUGGACAUUUUGUGGGUGUUGAUGGAAGCAUGGGGAUGAUGAAGGUGGCUCAAGAGAGUGAGCUGUAUGAAGAACUGAAGCAGUGCGUGCUGGGAAAGGAGCCUCUUCCAGUCCAGUGGGCAGGUUCGUUUGAUGUGGUUGUGAUCAUCGGAGCUCUCAGUGCUGGUCAAGUCCCGGUUUGUGUUGUCAGAGAGCUGUGCAAGUCCACCAAACCAGGUGGCUACAUUUGCAUGACAACCAGAGGUAACCAAGAGAAUCUGGACUACAAAGCAGCUCUGGUGAGCGAGCUGAAGCAGAUGGAGGCAGAGGGGGUCUGGUCUUGUGUGGAGGUGACUGAGGUGGAAAAAUGGGAGAGAGGGGUGUCAGAGAAGGAGGAUGGCUACAUACCUGGUGCUGUUUAUCUCUAUAAGAAACUAUAGUGAUGGAACAUCUCAGGACAAAAGAUCAGACAUUCCACCUGAAAAAUGUUAUUCAGUGUAAUACACAGUCAAAUGAAUUACCAUACACCUCAGAAGGAAUGUGUCAGAGUUUUGAAUGUCUCAUAAGUUUAAGAUUGUGAGCUGAAUUUUCAGAUGUAAAAAUAAGAUUUUUUUUUUUGGUUACUUUUCUAAUAAAGCAUCUAAUAAGCAUUACAAUUUACCCCUGAGAUCUGAACAUUGAACAAAAAUGUGUUUUUAACAAGCACAGCAAUACAGCUCUGAGAAAUUAGUUUUACAUGUGGGUAUUUUGUUAACAAGCAUUACAGUUCAGCCAUGACGAAUGAGUAAUAAAUGAA